AAAAUGUAAAACCAGCUCAUCGGAGGAACUGAACACAUGCGUUAUAAAUUAUAAUAAUCAAAAAGCAUAAUUAAAAUCUCAACAACAAAUUUUCAUUUCAUUUCAUAUUUUUUAAUCAAAACAGUUUCUUUCCCCAAAUCGAACAACUUUUCCCCCCCAAAUCACCUGAAAAACCCUAGAAAUCUCAAAUUUUGAUCUGAUUUGGUGGCUAUUAUUGUAGAAUUGGAUCAUUUCUGAUUAGCAGCCAUGCCAGUGGCGGCUUCAGCAAUAUAUUUUUUGAAUCUUCGUGGAGAUGUACUUAUAAAUCGCCUCUACCGCGAUGAUGUUGGAGGGAAUAUGGUAGAUGCUUUCCGGAUGCAUAUAAUGCAGUCAAAAGAACUUGGUACAUGUCCUGUCCGGCAGAUUGGAGGCUGCUCUUUUUUGUACAUGAGAAUUAGCAAUGUCUAUAUUGUGAUUGUUGUUAGCAGCAAUGCAAAUGUUGCAUGUGCAUUCAAGUUUGUUGUUGAGGCUGUUACAUUAUUCAAAUCAUAUUUUGGUGGUGCCUUUGAUGAAGAUGCCAUUCGUAAUAAUUUUGUUUUGAUUUAUGAGCUAUUGGACGAAAUUAUGGACUUCGGUUACCCUCAAAAUCUUUCACCUGAAAUCUUGAAACUCUAUAUUACUCAGGAAGGUGUUCGGUCAUCCUUCUCAUCCAAGCAUGUAGAUAAGCCAGUUCCAAAUGCAACAUUACAAGUUACUGGUGCGGUUGGUUGGCGCAGGGAGGGUCUUCAUUAUAAGAAGAAUGAGGUGUUUCUGGAUAUUGUGGAAAGUGUUAAUCUCCUUAUGUCUUCAAAAGGUAGCGUCCUCCGUUGUGAUGUAACUGGGAAAAUUCUCAUGAAAUGCUUCCUUUCUGGAAUGCCUGAUCUGAAGUUGGGAUUAAAUGAUAAAAUUGGUCUUGAGAAAGAGUCACAGCUCAAGUCCCGUCCUGCUAAGAGCGGCAAAACGAUUGAGCUUGAUGACGUUACUUUCCACCAGUGUGUAAAUUUGACAAGAUUCAACUCAGAAAAGACUGUCAGCUUUGUGCCGCCUGAUGGUGAAUUUGAAUUGAUGAAGUACCGUAUUACUGAAGGAGUAAAUCUUCCUUUCCGGGUAUUACCAACUAUCAAGGAAUUAGGUCGUACACGUAUGGAAGUGAAUGUUAAGGUUAAGAGUGUGUUUGGUGCAAAAAUGUUUGCUCUGGGAGUUGUCAUUAAAAUUCCUGUGCCAAAGCAAACUGCAAAAACAAGCUUCCAGGUGACAUCAGGGAGAGCAAAGUAUAAUCCAGCCAUUGACUGUUUGGUGUGGAAAAUAAGAAAAUUUCCGGGGCAAACUGAGUCAACAUUGAGUGCUGAGGUUGAGUUAAUUUCGACAAUUACAGAGAAGAAGUCCUUGACUCGGCCGCCAAUUCAGAUGGAAUUUCAGGUUCCCAUGUUUACAGCAUCUGGAUUGCGUGUUCGGUUUCUCAAGGUGUGGGAGAAGAGUGGCUACAACACAGUUGAAUGGGUUCGUUACAUAACUAAAGCUGGUUCAUAUGAGAUAAGGUGCUAAGAUAAAACAGCUUAUGUGAGUUUGAGGCUGUUGUAGAUUGAUGCCCAGUGUAAAUGUAAUCUGUUCGAAGGAUGCAAUCAUACCGGCACUUACGCACCAGAUUCUAUACUUUAAAUGUGCUUGGGCGAGUAUAGUACUAGGAUGGAUAACCUUUGGAGAGUUCUCGUGUUUCGUCCCUUUGCUGACCCCUACUAGUUUGGGAUUGAGGCCGAGCUUGAUUAUUUUUUAAAUUUUUUGUUGUGGUGAGUUCUUUAUGAGGACUAAGAAGAAGCCUUUGGUUAAAACUGGCGUAGUCCUUUAUGUUUCUAUUGUUGUUGGUUUGUUUGAUAUAUUUUCCCACACAAAUUACUGUAUUUUGUCGGGUUCCUGGAAAUGAAUUAGAAGCUGGUGUUAGUAAUUUGGUGCUGCAGCCACAAUUUCUUCCCAUCAUUUUUCUUUCUUA